GCGCAUUCUCACGGCCCUUAUCCCCCUGAGCUACGUGGUUGGGAUACGUCCCACUCAGCUCGGCGUAAAGACGCUGCAGUCGCACUUGCUGGUGCCUCGGCCCUAUGCCGAGCUAAAUGCCAUCUUCCGGAAUGGCAACAUUGCCGGCCUGGUGACCUUCUGCCAGCAAUAUGCCCCGAUGCUCAAGCAUUCCGGCGUCUACUUCCCCCUGGCGCGACUGUCUCAGGGACCCCUUUUUGCGGCCUUCAUCAGGAUCGCCACCCCGGCAUUUGGGCAAAAAACCAUGGACCUGGGCAGUCUGGCCCAAGUUAUCCAAGUCCUGCAGCAGCAGACACAACUCCCUCCGACCGUGCUGGCCGAGCUCGAUGAUGUUGUCUUCCCAACUGACAUUGCCGGCAUCCUGGAUCUCAUCUACUCGACCAAUGCCAAUGCCGCCGAGUUGCCAAACACCCAACAGCAGCGACCCUUCGCGUGCCAGCUUCUGCUCGGCUCCUCGAUGCUCCUCUAUCGGGGUACCGUGGUCCGCCCACAGGCCACCUUUUAUGGCCCAGUGGUGGUCAGCUCCCUGGAUGGUGAGCAAAUCCUCGGUGGCCAUGAUUUGGAGCAAGUCGGCAAUGUCAUUGUGCACAAUCGCACGCGUGUUGAUUCGUGGAACGAUUAUGUGGUCAUCCUCCCGGGCACCAAAAAUUGCCUGUGA